AAUGGAUUCUUAAUGCAUGAAUAGAAGAGAAAUUAAAUUUACAGUUUAAAAAUUUUUGAAGCUGGUAGGGGAUGAAGACUGGGAAUGGAUAAAGAGAGGUAAUAAGUAAGUUUUCUUAAGUGCCACAAAAAAUGUGAAAAUGAAUGUGCAGUUUGGAUAAUUCAGAUGCCAUCACAUCUAGUUAAUUGGAUAACUUUAUUUCUUUGAGUUUUUUUCUUUGUUUUCUUAUCCUUAAAAGAACAUAUAAACAUUAGAUUGAAUUCCCCACUCUUCUAAACAGAUUGUAGAGCCUAAUUUAGUUUAAAGGUCAACUAAACGUUUUUCUAGCUUUAGUUUUUCUGACUACAGGAAUUGAAGCAUUCACAAUCUCAUUGAUAACAUUUACUAAAUCUGUAGUAAUUAGAACAGAAUAGAAAACAUAUGCUAUCCCCUUUCCCCCCCACUUUAAAGUAUUAUGAAUUACUGGAUCUAACUGAUAGAUUGAGAAACAUUAGUUUUGUUAUGAGAAGGAGAUUAGAAAAAAAGUAUUGCAUAUAAAUUGGACUAAAAUUUAGUACUGGUAAAACUUAGAAUUUUCUGAUGAGAAAUUCAUUCCUUGGUAAAGGACAUCAUUAAAUUUAGAGUGGUUAAGUAAUAGACGUAAUAUCUCUUCAGUAAAAUAGUUGAAAUGAUCCCCUUAGACUUUAUUGUUGUGCAUCUUAAAAACAAAAUAUUAAAAAAAAACCAGUUCUUUGUAAACUUCUUUGCUUAAAGAUAAAAUAAUUUUCAAGAGUCAACUUGCAGUAUCACAAAUUUCAGGAAAUGAAAUAGGUUUUAGAAAUUCUAUAACUGCUGCCAACAUUUCAGAGGGUCAUAGUUUCUGAAUAAAAAUGUACACAAUUAAACUCUUAAAGGGGUGUUGUUAUUUUUUAAAGUUGAUCAUUCCCUAUUGAUUGGAAUAGUCCCAUGGGGACAGGGGUGAAGGAAAUAUUACCAUUGUUUUGUUUGUCAAAAUCCCAAAUAUAUACAACUAUUUCUUCAGUGCAAUUUAACUUGGCUUUUAAAGAACUUCUUUAUUUAGAUAUCUCUAUCACAAAACUCAUUCCUUAGAAUGCUGAAUGGAACUUCAGAUGACUUGAUCUGUUCAAAGGUCAUAAGACUGCCAAACUGCUAAUGAAGUUACAAGUUUCAUAUUUCAGAAUGGAAAUAGCUGGAAGUCUUCUGGGAACAUUGAAAUUGAAUGAGUUCUAAGGAGUUUAAAAAGAAAAUUUUAAUGAAAUCAGGUACUCAUUAAUGAGUGAAGGAUCAAAAGGCAGGACGGUGGUGGAGAAGCAAUGGAGAAUAAAAGCUUAGAAAGUUCACCAUCAGACCUAAAGUUAGUGGCUCAUCCGAGAGCAAAAAGCAAAGUUUGGAAAUACUUCGGUUUUGAUACCAAUGCAGAAGGAUGCAUAUUACAGUGGAAGAAGAUCUACUGUCGUAUUUGUAUGGCACAGAUUGCCUAUUCAGGAAACACUUCCAACCUUUCAUACCACCUGGAGAAAAAUCAUCCAGAUGAAUUUUGUGAAUUUGUAAAGAGUAAUACAGAACAGAUGAGGGAGGCUUUUGCUACCGCUUUUUCAAAACUAAAGCCAGAAUCUUCACAGCAGGUUGUUCAGGACACUUUAAUCAUGAAGACCAGCCACAGUUAUGAAAACAAAAAGCAUCAGGAGCUGACCUCUGCUGUGAUUAGCCUAAUUUGUGAGGGCAUGUAUCCUUCCUCCAUAGUGGAUGAGCCUACGUUUAAGAUGCUUUUGAAAACAGCAGAUCCAAGAUAUGAACUUCCUAGCAGAAAAUAUUUCUGCACAAAAGCAAUUCCUGAAAAAUACAAUGCAGUUAGAGAAAUUGUCUUGAAAGAACUGACUGACAUUUUGUGGUGUGGAAUAUCCACAGAUAUUUGGAGAAGUCAAAACCAGAAUAGGUCCUAUGUAACCCUUGCGGUUCAUUUCCUCAAUAGCAGCUCUUCUCAUUGUUUGGCUGUUAACUCACGAUGCUUAAAGACUUUUGAGGUCCCUGAAGAAAACACUGCAGAGACAAUUACAAGAGUUCUUUAUGAGAUUUUCAUUGAAUGGGGGAUCAACACAAAAGUCUUUGGUGCUACAACAGAUUAUGGCAAAGAUAUUGUUAAAGCUUGCUCACUUCUAGAUAUUCCAGUUCAGAUGCCUUGUUUGGGUCAGACUUUCAAUGCAGGGAUACAACAAGCUUUCCAGCUUCCUAAGCUGGGUAGUCUCUUGACAAGGUGCCGGAAAUUGGUGGAGUAUUUUCAGCAGUCUACAGUAGCCAUGUACAUGUUAAGUGAAAAACAGAAACAGCAGAACAUCAUGCACUGCAUGCUUGUGAGCGAUCGUGUUUCCUGGUGGGGAAGCACACUUGCUAUGUUGCAACGAUUGAAAGAGCAGCAGUUUAUCAUUGCAGCUGUUUUGGUGGAAGACAGCAAUAAUCACCAUCUUAUGUUGGAGACCAGUGAAUGGAACACCAUUGAGGGGUUGGUGGACCUCUUGCAUCCCUUUAAGCAAGUGGCUGAAAUGAUGUCUGCAUCCAAGUAUCCCACAAUAAGCAUGGUGAAACCCCUCCUUCAUAUGCUUCUCAACACAACCCUGAACAUCAAAGAAAAUGAUUCGAAAGAAAUCAGCAUGGCCAAGGAAGUGAUAGCCAAAGAAUUGUCAACAACAUACCAGGAGACCCCUGAGAUAGACAUGUUCCUUAAUGUGGCAACAUUCCUGGACCCUAGGUACAAGAAACUGCCUUUCCUUUCUGCAUUUGAACGGCAGCAGGUUGAAAACAGAGUUGUAGAGGAAGCAAAAAGCCUUUUGGAGAAAGUAAAGGAAAAUAGUUUCAGGCCUGAAGAAAAGCUCUUUUCAUUAUCUGAAGAGCCACCAGUGAAAAAAAUGAUUAUUUCUUCGACCCCACCACCAACUAGUGCAAUUAAUAAUAUGCUGGCAGAAAUCUUCUGCCAAACAGGGGGUGUAGAAGAUCAAGAGGAAUGGCAUGCCCAGAUUGUGGAAGAAUUGAGCAAUUUUAAGUCUCAAAAAGUACUUGGUCUAAAUGAAGAUCCCCUUAAAUGGUGGUCUGAUCGAUUGGCAUUGUUUCCUGUCUUACCAAAGGUACUUCAGAAGUAUUGGUGUAUUUUGGCUACAAGGGUCUUCCCUGAACGACUUUUUGGUUCAUCUGCCAAUGUUGUAAGUGCUAAGAGGAACAGAUUAGCUCCAGCUCAUGUGGAUGAGCAAAUAUUUUUAUAUGAAAACACUCGUAAUGGGUCUGAACCUGAACCUGAAGAUGAGGAUGAGGGGGAAUGGGGCUUGGAACAAGAACAGAUUUAUACUUUAAGUGAUACAGUUAAUGUAAGCAACAGUUUCUUUAAUAUAAGGGACAGUGGAUUCAUCUGAUGAUGCUAACAAUGCAUUAAAGAAAAGCUGUUUGUCCUAAAAGUUACCAAAAAUAACCUGUUUGAUGCUUUCUUGUAAAUAUAAGACAGAUGUAACAGUGGCUUGGUUUUUCAUUUUCAUGUAUUUGUGCCUGCCAUCCAUAAUCUCAACAUAGAAAAGAAAGCUGAUAUUUGAUAUUAACUGAAAUAAGAAAGAUGGAGUGUUCUCCUUAGGAUUUGACUGUGAUUCCUGGCCCUAUCAUUAAUUAUUAUUAUUUUUUAAACCAAUGAAAUUAAACAUUUAGAAAUCCAAUUGAAAAAGGCCCUCUGAGGAGUUUGCCAGAUUAAAUUUAAAAUUUAUUAAUAAAAGUAGAAUUGGAGGGGAGAGUUUUUAUUUUAAAAUGUUUUAUUUCAUUUAAUUCAGUCAUAUAUCUAAUAGUUUUUUAGAGAGAUCAGAGACCAAGCAAAAAAAUAAUUCCUUUCCUAGAGUCCUAGGUAUAAGGUUAUAUGUUAUUAAAAUUUAAAUAUGUAAAAUAUUUACUUUUUAAUUUAAAUGGAAACUUCCCUCAGAAAAUUCUGAAAGUCCUUUAGUAGAAAUAUUCUUUAAAGAGAAGGCUAACUUUUAAGUUUAGUCUUAAUUGCAAAUGAGCAUAUAGAAGCACUUACCUUCCUUAUUCCUUGCCCAAAUAUGAGGUGUUAAAUUUUUAUUAUGUUUCUUGUCAUACUGCCAGUUCUGAAACAUCUCCCUGUUGCCAGAAUUCUACUUGUAGAGGUGGUUAGUCCAAACUUUCCUAAAAUUAUUGCAUCCUUUUUCUGGUUGAUGUAUUCUUAUGUAUAUGAUAGUUUGCUUUGUGUCAGAAUGCUCAAGUGUUCUGCAUUUCCUUAAAGGAAAAAAAAAAAGUAUUUUUUUUCAGGCAGAAAUAAUGUAAAAAAGUUGCUUUUAAAACAAAACAAAACAAAAAUUCCUAGCCAGUUUUCUGGUUUGUUACAUGAAGGUAGCCAAAUGCCCAUGAGGAUUUAGCAGAAAAAUUAAUCUUUUUAUCUUUAACUCUCCUUAAAAGCAGGGAUACUUGUUAUAGUGUUCAAAUCCCCAGGACUCAGCCCAGUGCCUUGCACAAAGUAGGCGCUUAAUAAUUAUUUGCUUAGUUGAAAUGAAUUUAAUUUUAUACCAGUAGUCUAAAUAAAUUUGCAAAGUUGCCCAUUAUGAUUUACCUCUUGAGUCAGUUUGAGGUGUUUACUUUCGGUAUUCAGGGAAGUAUGAAGGAAUCCGAUAAAUUUUAAUCUAUUAUUUUAUCUUUAAAACUUUUUGAUUGUUAGAGAAUUCAAAGAGGCACACCAUCUUUCUGUGUUAGAUUCACCUCGCUGGCUAUUCUGUGCAUCUAUUUAAGCAACCCAUAUUGGGAAAGACUGCAUAUAAAUGGUUUAGGAAUGACCAUUUUAACUAGUAACUAAAUUCUGCCCUGGGGUUGGAGUGUUGAUAUGUGAGUGUUUAGAAGAAAAAAAAAAAGUCAACCCUGGAGUUGGUGAGAAUUUCAUGUGCCUUUUGAAGGAUAGCAUCUGGUCUCUGUCAUCAGUGAUGCAUGUUUUUAGGAAAUAAAUUUGCAGGUUAAAAGUAACCAGAAGAGAUAUUUCCUUUUAAAGGAAAAUAUGAUGUUAACUUUAUGAACAUACUGUAUAAUUUUAGGCUUUUUGUAAUUCAUUUGUUAACGUACUGAGACACUGUCAUGUUAGAGGUGAGAAGGUAGUGUCUAAGUUGGCCAUAAUAGAAUAUGGCUGGUAGAUUCACCUCUGUUCUUCACUCUAAGACUCCUAAGGCUGGAAAUACUGUACAAUGCAACUUGUAUUUGCCCUUACUUGUGUUUUUUUUUUUUUUUUUUUUUAAUAGCAGUACAGUGCACAGUUCUGUUCUUUGAAUCUCUGAAUAAUGAAACUGUAAACUGUUGUAAUGAGACUAGUCUCAUUGCAUUUUGUUUUUGUUUUUUGUUUGUUUUUGUUUUUUUGCCUUUGUUUUUGUUUUUAAAAUUCUUGUUGUCGGUCUUGCCCAUUGGCUAUGUUUCUUAUUUAAUGUUUUAGGUUUUGACUAUUGUUAAAUAAACCAGAGAAAUAAAUUAGCUCCUAAUUUA